AUGGCCGACCGUGGAGAUGCGGGUGGAAUGAAGGAAAAUCAGGCUCCGCGUGGCACAGUCAAGCGGAACAAGCAGGUGGAUGAGAGUCCACGAGAUGAGAAGCUGCCCGUGAAGAACACCUUUAUUCACUUUCAGAGCCCGUCAAGGACGCCGGUGAGGAGCCGGGUGUCGACGCCUCAGACGGUGCCCCCGGGCUUCCGGCCUGAAGCCAUGCCCGCGGGCAACGCCGCCCCGAUCGCCCCGCUGCGCUUGUUCGACUUCCUGCCCAGUCCGCAGGCAAAGAGCCGGCCUGCUCCGCCGCUGCCUUUGCAGGCCGAAGCCAUCACGGCGAUGGCCGCCUAUCAUGCAGUCCAUGCCAUCGUCUCCGCCAUGCCGCCACAAGCAAGCUUUACGGCUCCGCCAAUAUACCAGGAUCAGUCCUACAUGUGGACGGAGAGCAGCCAGCAGCCGGAGAUGCCAAUGGCCGAGAGCUAUGACUGGUCCACCUGGACCUGGCAAGGACUCGACGCAGACGUGAUCGGAGUCUCGGAGGGCAUGGAUUGGAACAACCUGGUAUCCUGGCAACACAAAUCCGGCUACAACUCCGGCAACAAUUUCCCGGUGAUGCCGAGCAAUUAUCAAUCGAUUCCAAACCCCACGCAGCAGUUCCAUCAUUCACCGGUCAACUACAUGAUGCCGGUUCCUCCAGAGCCCACGCCAGCGAAGUUCAUGAUGCCCGUGAUGCCACCACCGGUCACUCCCUCGCAAGCUACACCAUCACCUGGAUACCCUGCAGCCCUGCCAGUUCGACCUCAGAAAGACUGGCUUAUAUAUACACCAUCGGUUGACUGGACACCUGGAGAUGGCAUGCUGGACAUCAACCAGCUCUACAACUUCAGCCUGCCCAUGACGGUCGCCAACACCCCGCACAACAACCUACGUGAUAUGUUCGGCAUGGAGAUUCGUGACGUUCGCCUGGUUCAGGUCAUUCACGGGGGCAUCACCAACUGGCUGCUCCGACCGUUUGCUCACGGCAGAUUCGUGACGUGGGAAGGCUUUCGCACUCGCACCGAGGCCUUACUUUGGAGUACCUGUUCCAAACUACUACGACGAUCCCAGUCGAUCAACCUGCUUACCUUGGAAAAGGACCUUGCCAGCUCACUGGGGCUCAACCUGGACGACUUCAAUCAGCGGAUCAAGGUUCAUGACCAUUUGGCCAACUUGGUGCUUCAGUUUCUUCAGCGACACCACGCCACUCUCACGCCCUCUACCCAAACGGAUGACAUGGUCAAGAAGUUCAAUGAUCUAAACCGUGCUCAUGAGUUGCUCCAGGCUCAGUAUUCAGCAUCGUUACGUGCUUCGACUUCCCCCACGGUGCCAAACCAGAAGGAUGAUGCAGAGUUGGUUACACCGCCACCGGUCAACCACACAGAAUCUUCGUCACCUCCCAGCUCCCUCCCUACGGUCAGCGCAGCGGCCCUUGAUGGCAAGUCGUUUGAUGGCGCGGUGCAACCCCGGAUCAUUCAGUCUCUUCACGGACUUUCUUCACCGCCUUCCAAGCCGGCGGCGUCAAAAUUGCUCACCAUGCACAGCACGCCGGAUGACGUCAUCAAGUACUACACAUGGACUAGUGAUGAGCCACGCUUGUAUCUCAAGCAAUCGCCCACCACCACCACUUUGGCGUCAUUGAUCAAGUGGGCCAAUCACCCGUCCCGUCUCAACGGCAACAAGUCCUUGGAUUCCAUGGCGAUGCAACUUUUUCAGGCGCGUCAACGCAUGCCAAAAGGAGACGCACCUACGUUUGCGGCGAUGGCGGCUCUGUGGGGACUGGAGCCUGGCUACCUCACCAAGCUCGCUGACAAGGCGCUGUGUCACCUCAUCGUGACCGCCCGCUUACUCAGUGAGUGA